AGUUUCCUGGCUGAAACACACCAGCCCAAUACUUAAACAGAGCAAAUCCUGACUCCGAUAGAGACUGGAUGGACCCACAAGGGUGACAGUCCAGGCGGACCGAGCUUCCCAUCCCACAUCCUCCAGCACGAUGCCAAAGAGAGGCUGACGGCAACUGGGCCUUCUGCAGAGAAAGACCUCCGCUUCACCGCCCCAGUUGGUCCUAAGGGCCAGGAAGAUGGAUUCAUACCUGCUGAUGUGGGGACUGCUAACGUUCAUCAUGGUGCCUGGCUGCCAGGCAGAGCUCUGUGACGAUGACCCGCCAGAGAUCGCACAUGCCACAUUCAAAGCCGUGGCUUACAAGGAAGGAACCAUGUUGAACUGUGAAUGCAAGAGAGGUUUCCGCAGAAUCAAAAGCGGGUCACCCUAUAUGCUCUGUACAGGAAACUCUAGCCACUCGUCCUGGGACAACCAAUGUCAGUGCACAAGCUCUGCCGCUCGGAACACAACAAAACAAGUGACACCUCAACCUGAAGAACGGAAAGAAAGAAAAACCACAGAAAUGCAAAGUCCAAUGCAGCCGGUGGACCAAGCGAGCCUUCCAGGUGAAGAGAAGCCUCAGGCAAGCCCCGAAGGCCGUCCUGAGAGUGAGACUUCCUGCCUCGUCACAACAACAGAUUUUCAAAUACAGACAGAAGUGGCUGCAACCAUGGAGACGUUCAUAUUUACAACAGAGUACCAGGUAGCAGUGGCCGGCUGUGUUUUCCUGCUGAUCAGCGUCCUCCUCCUGAGUGGGCUCACCUGGCAGCGGAGACAGAAGAAGAGUAGAAGAACAAUCUAGAAAACCAAAAGAACAAGAACUUCUCGGUAAGAAGCCGAGAACAGACAACAGAAGUCAUGAAGCCCAAGCGAAAUCAAAGGUGCUAAAUGCUCGCCCAGGAGACAUGCCUUGUGCUUGCCUGGGUUUUGAAAGCUCUGAAGUCACAUCACAGGACACAGGGCAGUGGCAACCUUUCUAUGCCAGCUCAGUCCCAUCAGAGAGCGAGCACUACCCUUACUUCUAAACAGCAAUUUCACCAUUGAAGAGGAAGGUCAAAACCACUAGAACUCUCCAUCUUAUUUUCAUGUAUAUGUGUUCAUUAAAGCAUGAAUGGUAUGGAACUCUCUCCACCCUAUAUGUAGUAUGAAGAAAAGUAGGUUUACAUUCAUCUCAUUCCAACUUCCCAGUUCGGGAAUCCCAAGGAAAGCCCUAGCACUAAUGUAAAUACACAACACACACACUCUACCCUAUACAACUGGACAUCGUCCGCGUGGUUCCUUUCUCAGCCGCUUCUGACUGCUGAUUCUCCCAUUCACGUUGCCUAAUGAACAUCCUUCAAGAACUCUGGGCUGCUACCCAGAAAUCAUUUUACCCUUGGCUCAAUCCUCUAAGCUAACCCCCUUCUACUGAGCUUUCAGUCUUGAAUUUCUACAAAACAGAGGCCAUGGCAGAAUAAUCUUUGUGUAACUUCAAAACGGGGCAGCCAAACCCAUGAGGCAAUGUCAGGAACAGAAGGAUGAAUGAGGCAGAGAGUCAUACUUACCAAGGUUUUACCUGUGCAUUACUAAUUGGCCUCUUUAGAAGUUAGCUUCUUUGGGAUUGCUAUGAAUGAUCCCCUGAAUGUGGCCUGCACUAAUUUGAUGUUUACAGGUGGACACACUGUGCAAAUCAAUGUGUACGUUUCCUGAGAAGUGUCUAAAAACACCAAAAAGGGAUCCGUACAUUCAAUGUUUAUGGAAGGAAGGAAAGAAAGAAGGAAGUGAAGAGGGAGAAGGGAUGGAGGUCACACUGGCAGAACGUAACCGCGGAAAAGAGCAUAUCGGGCCUGGCACGGUGGCUCAGGCCUGUAACCCCAGCUCCCUAGGAGACCAAGGCGGGAGCAUCUCUUGAGGCCAGGAGUUUGAGACCAGCCUGGGCAGCAUAGCAAGACCUAUCCCUGCAAAAAAUUAAAAAUUGGCUGGAUGUGGUGGCAUAUGCCUGUAGUCCUAGCCACUGAGGAGGCUGAGGCAGGAGGAUUGCUUGAGCCCAGGAGUUCAAGGCUGCAGUCAGUCAUGAUGGCACCACUGCACUCCAGCCUGGGCAACAGAGCAAGACCCUAUCUUUAAGGAAAAAAAGAAAAGAAGAGCAUACCAGCAGUCCUUGAACAUUACCAAAAAGUUCAGCGUAUUAUAAUCACCUGGAGGCGUUGUUAAAACAGUUCUCUGGGCCCAUCUCCAGAGUCUCUGAGUUGUUGGUCUGGAAUAGAGCCAAACGUUUUGUGUGUCUAACAAUUCCUAGGUGCUGUUGCUGCUGCUACUAUUCCAAGAACACACUUUGAGAACCAUUGUGUUAUCGCUCUGCACGCCCACCCACUCUCAACUCCCACGACAAAAGUCAACUUCCAGAGCUAAGAUUUCGGUGGAAGUCCUGGUUCCAUAUCUGGUGCAAGAUGUCCCCUCACGAAUCAGUUGAGUCAACAUUCUAACUCAACAACAUCACGAUUAAGAUUAAUGAAAGUUAUUCAUUUGGGAAACUAUCAGCCAGUUUUCAUUUCUGAAGGGGCAGGAGAGUGUUAUGAAAAAUAACGGCAGUUUUCAGCAGGGUCCAGAUUCAGAUUAAACAACUAUUUUCUGUCUUUUCUGUGACCAACCACAUACAGACUCAUCUGUGCAUCCUCCCCCUCCCCCUUCAGGUAUAUGUUUUCUGAGUAAAGUUGAAAAGAAUCUCAGACCAGAAAAAAAAUAUGUAUAUUUAAAUCUUACUUGAGUAGAAUUGAUUACUCCUUUUGGGUGUUGAGGGGUCUGUAAGAUCAAAACUUUUCCAUGAUAAUACUAAGAUGUUAUUGACCAUUUCUCUCUCCUUCUCUCAAAAGUGUAUGGUGGAAUUUUCCAGAAGCUAUGUGACACGUGAUGAUGUCAUCACUCUGCUGUUAACAUAUAAUCAAUUUAUUGCUAUUGUUUAUAAAAGAAUAAAUAUUUUUUAAAAA